AUGAAAACACGUUUAUUGGGAUAUUUUGCUCAAAGCCAGAGAUAUACCAGAAAUGAUAGGAAAAAGUUUCGUGAAUUUAUGAGAAGCUCACAGUUUUAUCUGCGAUUAGCCAAUGGUUUGCCUAAUCGUACACUGAAUAGUAUAUAUAGAAAUGCAAGGAUUAGAUUUCAUUCAUUGAAAUAUAAGAAAGAUUUAUCCGAUGAUAUUAUUAAUAAUAUGAAACAUUAUUAUCUAAUAUUUGGUAAAAAAUGGACAAAAAUUGCCGAAAAUUUUAUGUGUUAUCCGGAUACUUUAAAGGAGCAUUAUAGAUUGAAUUACAAUAAAAAUGGUGAACCAUAUGAUAUGGGAAACUGGAGUUUAGAUGAAGACAAACAACUAUUGGAUGCAAUGAGACGAGUACUGAACACCGAUGAUCUCAAACAACAUAUUUAUACCAAACAAUUACCGUUUAAUCAAAUUAUAGAUGAAAUUGAUAUUAAUAGGAGUUACUAUCAAAUACGUAACCAUUGGUUAGGAAAACUUCGGUGGUCAAUAGCCCAAUGGGAUCAAUUAGAGGACAGUUGGACACAAAAAGACACCGCACGACUCAUAUAUUGUUUGUUUAAAUAUGAAUUCACAGACGAGUCAACCAUCGAUUGGGACGAAAUUAAGGAAAAGUUUGUAAACAUUUCAUCGUUUAAUUCAUUGAUGAAAAACUGGCGUUUAAUUAAACAAACGGUUCCCUCAUUUGAAUGUAAAUCUUAUAAAGAGAUUAUUGAUUUUCUUUACGACAACUUUUUGCCGCAAUUUAUAAGAAAUAGUGAUAAAGGUAUUGACUAUUUGAAAGAGUUUGAAAUCUUUUUCAAUGAGUAA